AUGGCGACAUCUUUUGACUCUUCUGACGUCAAAGCAGAUGUGUUUAUCAAUUUCCGAGGAGCUGAGCUGCGUACUACCUUUAUCUCCCAUCUCUAUACAAGAUUGCGCCGCAAUGGGAUCAACGCUUUUAUAGACUCUGAUGAACACGCUGGCCAAAAACUCCAAAACCUUUUCCAAAGGAUUGAGGAUUCGAAGAUCGCGCUGGCGGUUUUAUCGAGUAGGUACACGGAGUCACAUUGGUGUUUGCAGGAGCUAGUUAAGAUGAUGGAAUGUAGUAUGAACAAUUUAUUGGUCAUUCCAAUCUUCUACAAGCUGGAGAUAUCCACGGUGGCAGAGCUUAAAGGAGACUUUGGUCUACAUAUGUGGAAUCUCUGGAGGUUGCCCAGUCGCGGUCGUGAUCGAGACAACCGUAUUUUUAAAUGGAGUGAGGCUUUGAAGGAUGUUCUCACCAGAAAGGCCUUGGUAUUGCCAGCAACCGGUGAGGAAGACGAUUUCUUGACUACGAUCGUCCAACAUGUUAGAAAUGCCCUAACCCAACUUAAGGUAGGGGGAGGAGGAGGAGGAAACCCUAGGCCCCAAAGGUGUCUUAACAGAGCACCGAUUGCAAACAAUAAUGAAUCAGAGGAUCAACGCCUUAAGCAAUUGGAAGUAAAGUUAGAUGUGGAGUGCAAUGAUAAAGAAACUCGUAUUGUUGGAAUCGUCGGGAUGCCUGGAAUCGGCAAAACCUAUCUGGCCAAGAAACUCUUCGACAAGCUUGAGAAGAAGAUCAGCCAUUGUGUGUUGAUCGAGUUCGACCGUGAGAAGACACAGCAGCAAGGAUCAGAGUGGCUACAGAAGAAACUUGUGGAAGGUUUACUUGAUGAUAUUCAAAAUUGCACUGAUACAAAUGCACCUGAGGCCUUGAAAGAUAGCUUAAUGGACAAGAAAGUCGCAAUUGUGUUAGAUAACGUGAGUGACAAGAAACAGAUCGAGCUUGUGGGAAUUUGCGACUGGAUUAAUAAGGGGAGCAGGAUAGUCAUCACUACAUCGGACAAGUCAUUGAUCGAGGGACUAAUCUAUGAUCUUUUUGAAGUCCCUGGGUUGAAUGAGAGAGACGGCUUAAAGAUCUUUAGGGAUCAAGUCUGUUGUACUCAAGAAGAAAAUUUCAUGGAGCUGUCUAGAAAGUUUGUGAAUUAUGCAGGUGGAAACCCAUUAGCUCUCGAGGAAUUUGGUAAAGAGCUUUCCGGGAAAGACGAGGUUCACUGGGAAACAAGACUUGGAACUUUGGCGCAGUGUUCCAAUCCAAAGAUUAGAGAGAAGUUAGGAAUCUGUUACGAUGAACUAAACGAGCAGCAGAAGAAUGCGUUUCUUGAUAUAGCUUAUUUCUUUAGAUCACAAGAUGAGAGUUACGUUAGAAGCUUACUUGAUUCUUAUGACUUAGAAUCCGCGGAAUUAGGACAGGAAUUUAGAGAUCUUUCACACAAAUUCUUGAUUGGCGUGUGUGAUGGCCGAGUUGAGAUGCAUAAUCUAUUGUUUACCAUGGCUAAGGAGAUUGUUGAAGCUACUGCAGAGAAAUCAAGACUGUUGCUGUCGAGUUGUGCAGAAAUUACUAAUGCGUUGGGACUCAAAAAGGACGGAAAAGACAAGGUUAGAGGAAUCAUCAUAGACAUGUCAAACAUGGAGGAAAUGCCCUUGAAGAAAAAUGCUCUUGUUGGUAUGAGCUGUCUCCGGUACGUAAAGGUGUACAAUUCUCUUUGUCCUACACACUCUGAAACUGAGUGCAAGUUAAACUUACCUGAUGGACUUGAGUUUCCAAAAGAUAAUACUGUGAGAUGUCUUCAUUGGGUGAAAUUCCCGGGGAAAGAACUUCCAUCAGACUUUGAACCCGCAUGUCUCAUCGAUCUUAGUUUACCUUACAGUAAUAUUACCACUGUAUGGAGCUGUUCUAAGGGUGCACCUAACCUGAAAUGGGUUGAUCUCAGCUACUCGAGUAACUUGAACUCCUUGUCGGGUUUAUUAAACGCACCAAAUCUUCUGAGAUUGAACCUUGAAGGAUGCACUAGUUUAAAGGAGUUACCUGACGAGAUGAAAGAUUUGACGAAUCUUGUUAUCCUGAACUUAAGAGGAUGCACAAGCCUCUUGUCUUUACCAAAGAUCACUAUGGAUUCCCUAAAGACUCUUAUUCUCAGCGGCUGCUCAAACUUCCAGACAUUUGAGGUGAUCUCCGAACAUUUAGAAACUUUGUACUUAAACGGCACAUCCAUAAAUGGACUUCCUUCAGCCAUUAGUAAUCUCCAUAGUCUUAUCUUGUUGAAUUUAAAAGAUUGCAAAAAUCUUGCUACACUUCCUGAUAGUCUUGGGGAGCUUAAAUCUCUUCAAGAACUCAAACUCUCUCGCUGUUUAGAGCUCACAAGUUUUCCUGAUGUCAAGGCUAAAAUGGAGAGUUUGCGGGUUUUACUGCUUGAUGGAACAUCAAUAGCAGAGAUGCCAAGCAGUAUUUUUGAUCUAUAUUUGUUGCGACGUCUAUGCUUAAGCAGGAAUGAUAAUAUCCGCACCCUUAAAUUUGAUAUGAGUCAAAUGUUCCAUCUGAAGUGGCUUGAGUUAAAGUAUUGUAAGAAUCUCACAUCUCUUCCCUUACUUCCACCGAAUCUUCACUGUUUAAAUGCACACGGUUGUACUUCGCUAAGAACAGUCGCUAGUCCACUAGCUCUUCCUAUGCCGAAUGAGCAGAUUCAUUCCACUUUCAUUUUCACUAACUGCCACGAAAUGGAACAAGACUCAAAGAACGCAAUCAUAUCUUACAUUCAGAAGAAAAGCGAGUUGAUAUCAGCUGACCGAUAUAAUCAGGAUUUUGUUUUCAAAUCCUUGAUUGGUGCUUGCUUUCCGGGAUGUGAAUUACCUGCAUGGUUUGACCACCAAGCAUUAGGAUCAGUCUUGACACUGGAGCUUCCUCAAGAUUGCAAUGCAGGUAGAAAUGUGGGGAUAGCUGUAUGUACUGUAAUCUCGUUUAAGGAGUACAGAGAGCAAAAAAAUAGUCUUCAAGUUACGUGCAGCUGUGAGUUCACUAAUUUAUCCAUGAGCCCGGAAAGUUUCGUUGUUGGUGGUUGGUCCAAACCAGAGGAUGAGCCACAUACGUUCGAGGCAGACCAUAUCUUCAUUGGCUACACAAGUUUUUAUAAUAUCAAGAAAAAUCAACAGUUUCCAUCAGCAACUGAAGUUUCACUUAGAUUUCAAGUGACAAAUGGUACAAGCGAGGUCUCAACAUGCAAGGUGAUAAAGUGUGGCUUCUCUUUGGUGUAUGAGCCUGAUGAAACUGAGAGCAUAUCUUGGGAGGCAAAUCCAGGGAUAGAGGACCAUAGAAGCACUUAUACAGAAGAUAAUGGUUGCCCUAGUGUAACUCCAACAACGGCCAACUCUUACAUGGGGUAUACCUUCAUCAAUUACUUUAGAAAACAACAAUGA